AACCACCGUAAAGAACAAGAACAAACGAGUUUUCAUCUCGCGAGAUUGGGAUUUUAACCAUGGCGGUGCUCCUUGAAACAACACUGGGCGAUAUUGUGAUUGAUUUGUACACAGACGAAAGACCUAAAACUUCCCUGAACUUUCUGAAAUUGUGCAAGAUAAAGUACUACAACUACUGCCUCGUCCACAAUGUCCAGCGAGACUUCAUUGUACAGAGUGGAGAUCCCACUGGUACCGGCCGUGGUGGAGAAUCAAUCUAUAGCAAACUCUAUGGGGACCAGGCCAGCUUUUUUGAUGUGGAGAAAGUGCCACGAAUCAAACACAAAAAGAGCGGGACUGUGUCCAUGGUGAACAAUGGACACGAUCAGCAUGGUUCUCAGUUCCUUAUCACCACAGGUGAGAACCUCAGCUAUCUCGAUGGAGUCCACACUGUGUUUGGGGAAGUUUCUGAAGGCAUGGAUGUCUUGGCCAAAAUCAAUGAGACCUUUGUUGACAAGGACUUUGUUCCUUUUCAGGAUAUCAGGAUAAACCACACAGUCAUCCUGGAGGACCCAUUCGAUGACCCUCCCGACCUGCCAGUGCCUGAUCGAUCUCCUGAGCCCACCAAAGAGCAGCUGGAUAGUGGAAGAAUUGGUGCAGAUGAAGUGAUUGACGAUACGACUGGGAAGGAGGCUGAGGAGCUUGAGGAGAGGCUGAAGGAGAAAGAGGCCAAGACUCAGGCCAUCCUGCUGGAGAUGGUGGGCGACCUCCCUGAUGCAGACAUGAGGCCACCAGAGAACGUGCUGUUUGUGUGCAAACUGAACCCUGUCACCACAGAUGAGGACUUGGAGAUCAUCUUCUCACGCUUUGGCCUCAUCAAAAGCUGUGAGAUCAUCAGAGACUGGAAAACUGGAAAUUCCCUCUGUUACGCUUUUAUCGAGUUUGAUAAGCAAGACGAAUGUGAAAAGGCAUAUUUCAAAAUGGACAAUGUUCUGAUUGAUGAUCGGCGCAUUCAUGUGGACUUCAGUCAGUCAGUGGCCAAAAUCAAGUGGAAAGGGAAAGGUGGGAAGUAUACUAAAGAUGACUUCAAGGCCUAUGAGAAGGACGUGGAAAACCGAUCCAAGCUUGCUCUCAAGGACCAAAUGAAGCCUAAACAAGAUUCCAAAUAUGAACUGCUAAUGGAUGACGACCACGAGGAGACAAGUCAGCGGCACUUGGAGAAGAAGCACAAGGACAAGAGGCAUCAUCAUCAUCAUUCUGGUGAUGAAGAGAGCAGGAAGUCCAAGAAACACAAGGACACUGAGGAGAGCCAGCGUGACAGGAAAACAGGCCGCCAGCGCUCCAGAUCCAGAUCCAGAUCCCGCUCCAGAGACAGGGACCACAAACACAGCAAGUCACGUGUCAAACAUGGGAAAGAAGGACGCAACAAAGGCUACAAGGACCGGAGCCGCAGCCGCUCCCCGAAAAAGUCCAAGGACAAAGACAGGAGUAGACACAGAUGAGAGGGGUCACUUUAAUCUCACUGAGCAUCUAAAUGUGAUAGUUCAGGGUUGUUAGAAGUGUGGCAACAAAGUCACUACUCACUGUUGUGUGCUAUAAUUAUUAUUAUUAUUAUUAUUAUUAUUAUAAUAAUAAUAAUAAUAAUAAUAACAUCUUUAUCUUAUUGUUAGACCACAGAGAAAAUCAGUGAUUUUACAUCACAGCACACAGGAGUUGUUGAUCCAUCAGUAAGUUCAAAUGUCUUCUGUGACUUCAGUGUUUAAAACACAAAGUGACCACACGAGGCAGCAGAGGACCAGCAGCUCCUGUAAAUCGCUGGUGUUCUCUGUGGACACAGUUGAGUUUCCAGUCAGUCUCAGGCUGGUGCUCACACAACCACACUGCUAAAAUCCUGAAGUAUCUUUUUGAAUUCAAUAGCUUCACUUUGAUGUUCACAUUUAUGUCACACUGUUUAAAGAACAACAGCCAUUAAAACACUUUUUAAUGUGUGUAUUAAAAUCUAAUUUUCAUUUUCAAAUGUCA